AUGGGUAGCGUCGAGCCAGGUAUUGAUGCGAAGCCAGAGCGCAUUCUGAAGACAGAUCUGCGCCAAUAUGGCCGGAGAACGCGGACCGAUGGGCCAUACGCCGACAACUUGGACAUCGAUGUCCUCAUUGUCGGUGGUGGUUUCAGCGGCGCCAUGAGCUUGCACGAGGCAAGGAAGAAUGGCUUCAACGCUGUGCUCUACGAAGCUGGUGUCGGAUUCGGCGGUACAUGGCGAUGGAACAUCUAUCCGGGAGCCCGCGUGGACUCACCCGUACCCAUUUACGAGCUGGCAAUUCCAGAGGUCUAUGAGGACUGGUACUGGACGACCAACUACCCAGAUUGGCACGAGUUGCAGGCUUACUUCGAUCAUGUCGACAAGAAGCUCAACCUGAGCAAAGACUCGUCCUUCGAGACAGUUGUAACAGCGGCAGAGUUCGAUAAAGAGGAGGGCAAGUGGCACGUCCAAACCGCAGAUGGCCGAAACGCCAAGUGCCGAUUCUUGGUGGUUGCCGCUGGUUUCGCUGCAAAGCGUUACAUCCCAGACGUGCCAGGUCUCGACACUUUCAAGGGAGAGAUUCACCACUCGUCCUUCUGGCCAAUCGACGGCGUUGACUUCAAGAACAAGAAGGUGGCUGUCAUCGGUACUGGUGCCUCGGGAGUACAGUGCAUUCAGGAGAUGGGACCAGUUGCCGAGCAACUCACGGUCUAUCAGCGAACACCAAACCUCGCACUGCCCAUGGGCAAGCGUGACCUCUCGAAGCAAGAGCAAGAUAACCUGAAGCCACUAUACCCAACGAUCCACGAGAUGCGUGAGCGAUGCUUCGCCGGUUUCCACUACGAUCUAUGCGAGCGUGAAACCUUUGAUGACACGCCAGAAGAACGCAAGGAGUUCUUCGAGAAGCUUUGGGCACAGCAGGGUUUCGCUCUAUGGCUUGCAGGCUACAAGGACUAUCUCUUCAGCGACAAGGCGAACGACGAGGCAUACAACUUCUGGAGAUCGCAACAGUCCAAGCGCGUCAAGGAUCCUGUCAAGAACAAGAUUCUAUUCCCAGAGCAGAAGCCACACCCAUUCGGCGUGAAGCGACCAUGUCUCGAGCAGAACUUCUAUGAGGUCCUCGACCGUGACAAUGUUGCGCUCGUCAACAUCAACGAGGAGAACGGCACCCCGAUCGAGAGGUUUACCGAGAAGGGUAUCGUCGCAAACGGCGAGGAGCGUGAGUUCGACAUUAUUGCCCUUGCUACCGGCUUCGACGUUGUCACUGGUGGCAUGACCAAUAUGGGCCUCAAGUCCAUCAACGGCACAUACCUCAAGGACGAGUGGAAGGCUUCCGCAAAUACCUACCUCGGAACCACAAUCUCCGGCUACCCAAAUCUCUUCCACAUGUACGGCCCCCACGGCCCAACCCUCCUCUCCAACGGCCCAUCCUCUGUCGAGAUCCAGGCCCGAUGGAUCGCAACCGCCAUCAAGCAGAUCAAGAAGCAGGGCAUCAAGUACAUUGACCCAACAAAGGAGGCCGAGAAGGAGUGGAAGCAGCGUAUCAACGACCUUGCGGCACCAUCUCUCUUCCCCACGACAAAGUCGACGUAUAUGGGUGGCAGUAUCCCCGGCAAGGCCUUUGAGAUGACUUGUUAUGCUGGUGGUGUGAAUGCUUAUGGCCCUGAGAUCAGGAGCAAGCUUCCAGGCUGGCAAGGGUUUGAGGUUACCAAGGCAUAG